UUCCCCUCCUCCUGGGCUGCUUGCAAAGGCUCUUCCUGUAAACCAGCUGCUAGUUCAGGCAGCCAGAGGGAGGGGUUUCUUCUCCAUCUGGUUCUCGGCAGGACAACACCUAAUCCACUGCUUUGUUGCUUUCAUUUUCAACGUGGAGCAAAAGUUGGACUCAUAGUUCUGUUGAGAAGAGCAGCACGAAGGCAGUCCAGAAAUUGGAGAGCUCUGCAAAAGAGUGACGAAUACAUAGAUUGCGACUUGGUGACAGAAGAAAUGGCGAAUCACUCAGAUUCGGAACCUGCAAGGGGACAGAAGGAUGGGCCCAGACCAGGGAAAGGCAAAGAGUCAGAACUGAGGAUCAUUCUCGUGGGCAAGACUGGAGGUGGGAAAAGUGCCACAGGGAACACCAUCCUGGGCCAGGAGAAAUUUCCUUCCAUACUUGGGGCACAGACAACAACUGAGAAAUCCCAAGAAGAAAAGGGGGAAUGGAAUGGCCAGGAGUUUUCCCUGAUCGACACACCAGCUAUUUUUGAUUCAAAAACUCCCAAAAAAGGAUCUCUACGCAAUGAGUGCAAAGACCUCUCCGAGCCCGGCCCUCAUGCCCUGGUGUUCGUGACCCAGGUGGGCCGUUUCACUGCGGAAGACGAGGCGGCAGCAAAGCGAGUCCAGAAGGUCUUUGGAAAGGAGACCCUCAAGCACAUGAUCAUCUUGUUCACCCGCAAAGAGGAUUUACAAGAGGGCUUGUCCUUGCAGGAGUAUGUGACGCAGUCAGAUAACAAGGCUCUCCUGGACUUGAUUAAGAAAUGUGGGGAACGCAUGUGCGCUUUCAAUAACAGGGCAGCUGGAGCAGAGCGGGACGGGCAGGUCUCUGAGCUGAUGGAAAUGGUCCGGAGAAUGGUUCAGCAGAAUGGAGGGGCAUAUUGUAAAACAAAAAAAGGUAUACUAUCUCGGUUGAGGGUAAAAUGAGGCAGGCCAAAGGAUGAGUGAUUGUGAACAGCCUCAAACUGAUGCCCUCAUGAUUUAUACACUUCUUUUCAAGCUUCUAAUUUUUUCUUAUAUAAAUCUCAACAGCUUCCUAAAUCCCAUAUUUGUGUUCCUUAAACCCUGUUUUUUUUCUUACAUUACUGUAACAUUUAAAAUGAGCAAUGUUGUUAGGAGCUGCACAUCAGUUUUACCUGCCUGUGUAAUUUGGGGCAACUCAUUUGGGAAUCUAAAAGAGGGAUGAAGGAAUUAUGAGUAUAAAAGGUGUCCUUCAUAAAUAGUGUAACAUCCGUUUAUCUCCCAAUUAUUUUAGUGUACUAUUUUUUCAUUUGCAACUUAUAUUGCUACUUCUUCAGUGCCUUAAUUUCCAUCUGCUUUUAUUCUUUGUGGCUGCUGUACAGUACUGGAACUCCCUACUGCUGGAAACUCACCCAAGGCUGAGCCUCUUAAUCUUUUGCCAGUAUUACAAAACUUCUCAUUUGGGAUUAUGUUUCAUAGCUGGAGUUACGCAAAUAGGAGGGCCCCCCCGGUUCCUCAUCUAUGCUUCAAAAGGAUUCUUGCACACUGUUGAAAUGUAUUUUUAGCCACAAGCCUAGAGCACAAGGCAGGCCACAAAUGUAAAUAAAAGACUUCUUUGCUUUGUGUUUUGUUAAGUGCUGUUGCCCAAAAUGAUUAAACAUUUAGCACUGAUUGAUUCAAA